GAAAUCGGCGUACGCAAAAUCUACCGAAAACGAACCUUAUUGUGAGGCUUACUCCAAGAUUGACUUGGCUUUUGAAAGUGCAGAGGAAGCAUACAAGUCAAAGACAACCUUUGAACUGAUGAGGGCUUCCCUUGUCCUUAGAUUGUGCUCCAUAGAAUGGAUUGUUAACAGAAAUAAGGAGAUAAUGGAUUGGACCCGUAAGGUACUUGGUAAUCGUAUCUUUACUUGGGCAAUGAAGGCCACCUUCUUUGGCCACUUUGUUGCCGGCGAAAACCAAGAUGACAUUAAACCAGCGAUUGCAAGGAUGCAGCAUUUUGGGGUAAAGUCUAUACUUGACUACAGCGCUGAAGAGGAUUUGUCCAGGUCUCAGGCUCAAGAUGCUGAAAUGGAAUCAUGUUUGUCGGCUGCAGAAGUAGGAGGCGACACACCACCACCAGCUCCUCAGGUUCAGACUAAGGUUGGUGACAAAGUCAAAUUCCGUGCCCAUCGAGAAUUUGGCGAUCGUCGUGAGAAUGUGGUCAGUGCAAGAACGUACUUCUAUGAAGACGAGGCCCACUGUGAUAAAAAUAUGGACAUAUUCCUUUCAUGUAUUGAUGCUGUUUCCGGUUCAACUAUGCGUACCGGAUUUGCAGCUGUAAAAUUGACAGCGCUGGGGCGCCCACAAUUACUGUUACAAAUGUCGGAGGUGUUAGUCCACCUGCGACAAGUGUUCAAUGUGAUAGCGGGACCUGAUAACACCCUUGACGGAAAGCCUAUCAACCCGACGAUAAACCUCGAGUCUUUCAUGAGUCGGUUGCAUGAGCUCGGCAUAAAGAUGAAAUCCGAAGAGAAAAAGAAGUGGUUCACUUUGUUGGAUACAACGAAGGAUGGAGAAAUAGAUCUUCUUGAUUGGCAUAAUAUCCUUGACAGUAUGAUGAAUCUUGCCAAAGUGCUGAAUGUUAGAAAUAUUCAGACGGGGAAACCUUUCGUCAGUUGUUUAAAAGAAGAAGAAAUGGUUCAGAUGGAGAACAUGUUACAUCGAAUCAACACUGUGGUCCAGCAUGCAAAAGACAAAGAUGUACGGGUGAUGAUCGAUGCAGAGCAGACGUACUUCCAGCCCAGCAUCAGUAGAUUCACCAUGGAGAUGAUGAGGAAAUACAACAAAGAAAAGGCUAUUGUUUUCAACACAUAUCAAUGUUAUCUAAAGGAUGCCUUAAAUGCAAUUCGAGUAGACCUCAAUCUCUCUGCGCGGGAAAACUUCUACUUCGGUGCCAAACUCGUCCGAGGGGCUUACAUGGACCAGGAGCGUCUCAGAGCGGAAACGUUAGGAUACCCUGACCCCAUCAAUGACACGUUUGAAGACACCACGGCGAUGUAUGAAUCGGUAUUAGAUGAAGUCAUGACGCAAAUCAACCAGAGACCGCGGGGAGAGAUUGCUGUUAUGAUUGCUAGUCAUAAUGAGAACACUGUUAGAAACACUCUGGAAGUGAUGAGACAGAAUAACGUGAAGCCAUCUGAUCGAAUUCUUUGCUUUGGACAACUCUAUGGCAUGUGUGACCAGAUGAGCUUCCCUCUGGGACAAGCCGGAUACUCUGUUUAUAAGUAUGUACCGUUUGGACCUGUGAAUGAGGUGGUGCCGUACCUUUCAAGGCGGGCGUACGAAAACAAAGGAAUACUCAAGAAAGUACAAAAAGAACGCCGUCUGCUUGGGAAUGAAAUCAAACGCAGGUUAUUAAAAGGACAGAUUUUCUAUGACCCCUGUGAAAGUCAUCCACCAGCUCCUCCAAUCUAAGGCUCAGAGACCCCUGGUUUCGUGAUGGGGGGGGGGGGGAGUCGGUCUAAACUUGGGGAAGGAGGAUAUGUUCCUUUAUAUUCUGCCAGAGGAGGGACCAGCAGGAACAGGACUCAUGCACGUAGAUGUGAAGAAGAUGGAGAAGUGUUGGCUCUUUGCAGAGCACACAAAUAACUUCUAAAACUUUUCUAGGGGGGGGGGGCUGCCAUGACAUCAAAACCUUCUUGCAUUGACUUGGUAGGCAUUUAGAAUUCUGUCGUUUCUGAUCAGCUUGUAUUGGAAUGUGAUACUAUUUUGGGUCCAAUGGACUGUCUUGUCAUUUGAAUGAUAUCUUACAGCUGUAUAAAAUUUGUGAUAGAAUGCCUGUAUGUAACUAUGUUACCAUAAUCUUUGGCACCCUAAGUUCCAAUCAUGUCCAAUCAUGUCGUUAGAAGUGACGUUGGCGUCAUGUCCUUGCGCUUCUGUUGUAAAUUACUGAAGGAGAUAACGCUUAGUUAAGCUAAUGAUGGCAUUUGUCUGUGAAUGCCAUAGGAGCAACGAGGCCCUGGUAAUCAAAGGAGUUCAUGGUUGACAAGAACAAACAAGUUCUUGCAAUUAGCAUUAUGGAGAGCACUAUGUCUGACAUGUCAGUGGAGAUAGACUUUAAAACUUUCUGCAGUGAUACUGAUAUUACAAUAAAAGUGUGUUAGUCUUAUCAUGUGUGACUAUUUUAGAAUGAUAUGUACAUAAAGACAAUGUAUAGAAAGUGAUAAUGGUAUUGAAGUAAAUAAAUAGAUUUUUUCAUGGAA